AUGCUUCCUACUGUCUUAUCGACAGUUCCAAAAUCCUUACUGUUUUUCAUAGCAGUCAUACUAUCACAGUAUAAAAUUCAGUGUAAAUCGUCAUUAUUGAAUGUAGAAGAUCCUGAAACUUGGAAGAAAUUAGCAGGAGAGAGAUUUAAUAAAUUUGAACAAUCGUUAACUUACUUAUUACUUAAACGACCAAAAAAUGUCAUCUUAUUUAUUGGUGAUGGUAUGAGCUUGAACACUGUUACUGGAGCAAGAUAUUUGAAAGCGGAGAAGAUGGAUCUUUUAGGUGGUGAUGUACAACUAGUGUGGGAGGACUGGCCUGUUGCAUCACUUGUCCGUACAUUCAACUCAGAUAGACUGACAACAGAUUCAGGUUCUGCGGCAACUGCUUUUAUGUCAGGUAAGUCGUAA